GCCUGAUCUAGGCUGUUUCCGACGACGUCAAACCUCCUGGUCACCUCCAUCGCCUUCACCCUAGUCCGUCGUCCAAAACCCCUUUGCUUUCGGACUCAUUUGCCCCUCUAAUCGCCGGCGCCGUUAGGUUUAGGGUUUUGGUGUUCUUCAUCGGAUUCCGACGGCGAAAAUCCAAUUGGACACCAUCAAUGCAACCACCGUCUCCAAAUCUAUAAAACCCCUAUGUCCCCAACAACCGUUUCGUAGUCAUUCGUCGGUCGAGAGUUCGUGUUCAUCGGCUGUUUUUCGAUGAAGUGGUGGACGGCAAACGGUGAGCUGCCGUGGCUGGAAAGGUUAGGGGUUUUGUAGGGAAGGAUGCGAGGAGUCAAAUGGUGAUGACAAAUGUGAUUUUGGGUGGAAGAAUCGCCGGAAAAAGAGCAAAAAAAUCGAGAACGUCGGCUGAUAAUGUGCGUCGGAGGACUGUUACAGGCGAUGGUCUGCUAACGUGCAUCGCCGAUGUAAAAUGACCAAUUUAUCUCUUUACCGUUACAUCAAACGUUUUUUCGUCACUUUAAGGGUGGGAAUCUGGAAUAAAUGGAACCUAUGGUACUAACUUGAGAUUUUAUCAAACCUUGGGUGGGAAUAUGUCGUUUACUCUUUGUUUUUACCAUAUUCAUUCUCAAUUAGCACCAGAGGGCAGUGGCAACUGGCAACUGGCAUCCCACUCCAAGCCAAUACGAUGCCCUAUAACUCAAAUAUUAAAUAAAAGAAGCUGCAACCUGCUGGAAUAUUGAAGCCAAAGAUAUCGAACUAAAGCAAUAAGACAUAUUCUCUGUUACAAAGGCUUGACUUUUUUCUUCUCUACCUUAUCUCAUAAAUGUCCCAGCACUUGUCCCUAUCUAGUUUCUAAUAAUCAUCCAUAUGUGAAUCUGGAGCCGUCCCUUGGGGGAUUUAAAUUCAGAGCAUACUGAAUCCCAAUGCGUCAUAUCCUUUUGCAGAACACCAAAAGCCUAUUUUAAUGUUACCUUCAAUUAUUCAUAUUAUAUGGUUUUUAUAGUCUGCCAUUGUUGCGACUUGCGAGAUUAUCUUUCCCUUCUCCUAAGAAACUUAAGAAGAGUACACUACAUACAUACACGGUCAAGCUCAUACGAGGGGUCAUGUCUAAUUCUUUAUCCGUUGUAUAAACACUCAAUUAAACUAGACUUAAUUAUGAUAUUAUGAUAGGAUUUGAGGUGGGUCUGAUUUUUUACCUAAUAAACCUUAUUAAAUGUGAGAAUUACCCUCUUUUACAAACCUAUAGGUUUGAACGUGUCUAACCAGUGUGAGACUUUAAUAACAAUUGCUAGACCUAAACGAGGCGGUCUUUGUCUCCGUGACUGUGUUUGCAUGUGGCCAACAUGGGCGGUGGGUCCAAAUCGACAAAUCCUAUAAAUUAAUGGCCCACCCCACCAUACUUGCUAUACGUUUCCGCAUCCUCACUUCUCCACUCUUUAAAUACUAAUGUUUCAAAUUACAAGAAUCUAUAGCUCUCUGCCUCUCUCCAAAACGUAAUCGACAUUAACAAAAACAGAGAGCAACAAGAAUCCAACUCCUUCCUCAUCUGCUAAUACUCAAAUGGCACGCAUACAGUUUUCGAUCAUCUUAUUUGCUCUAUAUCUUCUCCAGCUACUUUCAGGCACAUUAUCAGCAACGUUUACAAUAACAAACAAGUGCAGCUACACAGUCUGGCCAGGGAUACUUUCUGGAGCUGGAACUGCACAACUUUCCACCACAGGCUUUUCUCUGGAAUCAGGCCAGUCAACUUCAAUCUCGGUGCCUACUUCUUGGUCAGGACGUUUAUGGGGUCGCACUUUCUGCACCCAAGACUCCACAACUAACAAAUUCACUUGCCUAACCGGUGACUGUGGCUCUGGCACUCCAGAAUGCUCUGGAAGUGGAGCAGUCCCUCCUGCCACCCUGGCUGAAUUCACUCUAAACGGUGCAGGCGGGCUCGAUUUUUAUGACGUUAGUCUUGUUGACGGCUAUAACCUUCCCAUGCUGGUUACACCCCAAGGUGGAAGUGGAGGGAACUGUACUAUUACUGGAUGUGUUGUGGACUUGAACAAUGGAUGUCCGACGGAGCUUAAGGUUACUGAAACGGCGAAUGGCGAGGACGUGGCCUGUAAAAGCGCAUGUGAAGCAUUUGGUGAUCCUCAAUAUUGCUGUAGUGGAGCAUAUGCAACACCAGAUACAUGCAAGCCAAGUUCUUACUCCAUGUUUUUCAAAACUGCGUGUCCUACAGCUUACAGCUAUGCCUACGAUGAUGGAACAAGUACCUUCACUUGUGCCGCCGCCGAUUAUGCUAUCACUUUCUGUCCUAGUCCAAGCACAAGUGUCAAGUCCGCCAAUGGCCAAUUCCCGACGGCGGCUAAUGUAUCAGCCGGCUCUCGACAUUCAACGCCUACUUCCAUUGGUGCUAUCAUCGUAAUUUCAGCUACAAUUUGGAAGUUGUUGUGGCAACUCAUGUAACUUGCCAACCAACUAGCUACUCUAAACCACCAUUAGGUGGUUCAGUGAUCAACUAGAAUUUUUGGAUGUAUUAUUCGAGAAGUCUUGACAUUAAUCUACUUAGAUUGCUAAUAGGGAAGACCAUUGAGGGGAUUUACUCGGCUAUCAACUUCUAAGUUUCAAAAGAUUAGUUGAAGUAUAUGGAAGCUUGUCUGAACACAUCUCAUUACCUUUAAAAAAAAAAAAAAAAAAAAAAAAAAAUGUCACCUUCGGGAACUGUUUUGCUUCCCUUUUUGACUUUUUUGGGCUUGGGAUUUUUGCUCUUUCAGCGUUAGGCUAACGUCUUAGGUCCACUGAGUGGGUCCUGCAGGGUUUCGAGAUGGUGCAAGCAGCUUGCCUCAAAACUUGGACGGCAAAAAUAAGGCCCAAAUGGUCAACUUGCUUGGACACUAGCCUGCAACACCAUUCUGGGAAUUCUUUAAUCGAAUUUCAGGUGAGAGACGUAGGAAGAAACAAAUGAAACAUGCAUACAUACAUCAGCAGUCACGUUGCUUGAUUUGAAGACACAAACUAUGACGCGGCGCUGGCGUAUUGAAGUUUGUUUUUUUAAAUAUUUGAUUUUCUUAUUUCAAAUUUCCAAUACUAGAGAAGUAGUGGUGGAGGUGAUUAUUAAUUAUGUGUAAGGUUUAGCAACCGUCCGCCUAGUAUUGCCAAUCGAGAAGAGAUGAUGAGUUCAUAUAUGUAUUCUUUUCUCUUGUAUAUAUUCCUAGUGGCAUUUUGCUUGGUGACAGUUGCAAAGUUUCUUUAUUAUUUACAUA